CUCUUCUCUUACUUCCUACCUUUCAUUUUCUUUCAUGCAACUCUCAUCAACUUUGUAGCAGGGAUUUGUGUCGAAAUUUUGCUUUUCUGACAGCCUCAUUCCGAGGCUUUUCUUCUUUUUCAGUGCCACCACAAUCCGACAGAUCAGUCGGAUUCGUCCAUAUGGCACCGGUGCGCAUUGCCGUGGAAGGCUGCGGCCAUGGCAGUCUGAACGACAUUUAUGAGACAGUGGAUCGCAAGGCCACUGAGAAAGGAUGGGACUCUGUUGAUCUCGUCAUCAUUGGUGGAGAUUUCCAGGCCCUGCGUAAUGCCAAUGAUGCGACUUGUCUUUCGGUUCCCGACAAGUUCAAGCAAAUCGGUGAUUUUCAUGAGUACUACAGCGGCGAACGUGUUGCUCCCUAUCUGACACUGUUCAUCGGGGGCAAUCAUGAGGCGAGCAAUCAUCUUUCCGAGCUCUAUUAUGGCGGUUGGGUGGCCCCCAACAUCUACUUCAUGGGUGCAGCCAAUAUCAUCCGCUUUGGACCUCUCCGAAUCUCGGGGAUGUCGGGCAUCUGGAAGGGUUAUGACUACCGGAAGACCCACUACGAACGAUUACCAUACAACAGAGAUGAUGUUUCUUCGGUAUACCAUAUCCGGGAGCUGGAUGUCCGCAAGUUGCUGCAAGUGCGCACCCAGAUUGACAUUGGCCUGUCCCAUGAUUGGCCCAAGGGAGUCGAAAAGCUUGGGGACUAUGGAACCCUGUUUCGCAAGAAGUCAGGCUUCAAAGCUGAUUCCGAGUCAGGAAAGCUCGGAAGCGUCGCUGCGCGUGAAGCUCUCAAUCAUCUGCGCCCUGCCUAUUGGCUUUCAGCUCAUCUUCAUGUGCAUUACACUGCAAAGGUGCCCCAUAGUCCACCUCGGGCACGAUCCACUUCUUUGAGUCCCCCCAGUCCUCCUCCGCCUGCUGCCGCAGAUACCAAUCUAGCCGCUCCGAUUCAACGGAGUAAUCUCAACACUAGCAACCUUGCUGGCCACCAAUUGCUUGGCGUUGCUAGUGGAGACGAACAGUCUCGCAUCAAGGCCUGGAAUGAAUUCGGAGAUCAAGCCCGACGGGCUGAGAAGGAGAAGCGGGACCAAGACGAAUUCAUGCGUAUGGUCAGGGCGAGACAGCCGCAACCCCCGCGGAACAUCACAUUCAACGAAACAGCCAAGAUCGGCGGCGGUCCCAUUCAGAAGUUCGUACGUGGCGCCGAUGGAGAAAAGAUUGAAUCCACCCCAGCCGACGGUGAGAAAAUCGAAAACCCGGACAAAGUCAGCCAGGGAAACAGCCCUGUGAAUACCUCUUCCGAGGAGGUGGUUGCUGAGCAGAGGGAUUCGUCGUCCGUUGAGACGACUAAAGACGUCAAGAAUGUCAAGACCGACAAUGACGUAGCCGAUAAUAUUGACAAGAUCAGCAUUUCUACAAGUCCAAGCAGCGCUGCAAGCGUGAAGUCUCCUCCGACCGAGAAGGUUCUUCCAAAAGCCGAUAUCUCUCUGAAUUGGGCUGAUGAUCGCUCCCCUGAUCCCUGGUGGACUGAUGGUGCGGACGAUCGGGUUCGCGAAGUGGAAGCCGAACUCCCGACCAGCCUUGAGCAGUCGAGUGUAUCCAAGCCUGCUGCAAACAACUCAACUUCCGAACGCCUUCCGCCCCCCGAGGAAAUCAAGAACCUCAUGACUCAGUUCCUGACCUUGGAUAAGCCACACAACCACGAUGCCUUUGUUGAACUACUGGAGAUUGAGCCAAUCUCCGAACAGGAUGACGCCGCGGUGGAGUCGCCUCUGCGACUCAGGUACGACAAGGAAUGGCUGGCGAUCACUCGUGCGUUUGCUGAUGAGCUCGAGUUUGGUGGACACCCCAAGGGCAAAGUCCCUCCCCACAAGGGGUAUGAACACUACCAACAGCGCAUCGCUGAAGAAGAAAAAUGGGUACACGAGAACGUUGUCAACGCUGGGUUGUUGAACAUUCCCACUGACUUCGUCGUGACUGCCCCCGUCUACGAUUCUAAUGUCUCGAUCAACACCCAAGAACAGCCGAAGGAGUACACCAACCCGCAGACGUCUGUAUUCUGCAAUCUGCUUGGGAUCGAGAACAAGUUCGACAUGAGCGAGGAAGGUCGCCAGGCUCGCAUGGAGGCUGGCCCACGCCCCGAAGAACCUCGCCAGAACUUCCAGGGCAACCGCGGCGGUCGUGGUGGACGAGGCGGGCGUGGUGGACGUGGUCGUGGCGGUCGUGGCGGACGUGGUCCUGGACGUGGUGGCUACAGUGGUCGUGGCGGACGUGGCAGCUCUGCCCCCUCGGCCCAGGGCCCUGAUGCCUGUGCAUCAUCCGUGAAUCGAACACGGGCCUCGUCGAUGGCAACGACGAAUUCUACCACUAGACCAAUGAUGCUGGACUACCAAGUGAAUGAGCAAGCUGAUUCGUUGGUGAUAUCUGCUGAUCCCAAUUUGGAUAUCUGA